GCUUUGGCUGCUGCCCCUGUUGUAGUCUGCUGGUUGGUUUUGUUAUUGAUCCAUGCGACGGAUCGAUGCGUUUAACCGGUGGUGGCGGCUGCCCGAGCCAUGGUCGCGGCUUGCCUUGUUUGAUUGGCAGCUCGCACUCGGCGCUGCCUUGUUUGCUUUGGUCCGCGGGGCGGAGGGCUAUGAGGGCGCUGCGAGUCCGUUGCGGGGGCGCUAGGGACGGCUUGGAGACGUCGCGACUGAUACCUUGCUUUCCUAGUGUGUUACAUGCCGUUAGCUGUCGCACUUUUUUAUGCCGCGAACAUUUUUUUGGCCAGUAUUGUGUGCAACCGGGCCAGCGCUCGUGCAAGGUGCCGCCGAGCACUCAUAGAUUCCACUGCGUUCACCCUGCAACAAAUAGAGCUCGCUGCGGACGCUCAAGACCGGUUUGGCCACAGGUGACCUGACCUGCAAACGCCAUGUGCCCCGCGCCCCCAGCCCCGCCGGCGUCUCCCGACGCCCACUACGUCCGCCUGGAGGCGCCGCCGACGCCCACCAAUGAAGCAACCGACGCAACUGAGGCAACGACGAGCGCCGCCGCGACGGCCGCCGUCCUCGCGAACGCCGUCAUGGGCGCGGGCAUCCUCGCGCUACCCUACGCCUACGCGAGGAGCGGCGUCGCCGGCGGCCCGGCGCUCGUACUGUUCGCGGGCCUCACGAACGCGUUCACGAUGCAUUUACUGUCGAGCGUGGGCCGGCGCGUCGCCCAGGACAAGGCUUCGUUCCACGCCGUCGCGUCCGCGACAUUGCCUCCAUCAUUAUGGUGGCUCGCCGAUUUUGUAGUUUGUUCCAUGAUGGCUUUAGUUGCUACUUCGUAUCUAAUCGUCUUCGCGAACCUGGCGCAAGCGGCACUCGCUAGCAAGAGGAGGUACCCCUACGUCGUCAUAGCCGCAGGCGUCUGCGCGCCCUGGGCCUACGCCGAGAAGCUGGGUGGCAUACUGCAGUAUACCUCCUAUCUAGGUCUGAUAUUAGCUAUAUAUGUGGCAUUAUUAUCCAUAGCGAAUUGGCUCGACGCGGACCAGUUCAAGCCAUGUCUGACAGGACACCACUGCGGCGGCACGUAUCAAUUAUUUGAACUGAACCUAAAGACGCUCGACGCCUUCGCACUGGCGACGUUUGCCUUUACAGCGCAAACGCAAGUACCACAAUGUGCCAACGGCCUUGACCAAUACACCCAGCCGAAGAUGGACUUCGUAUGUAUUUCAGCAGUGCUCUUCUGCGCAUUGCUCUAUGCAGUGGUAGGACACGCGGGAUACGAGACGUUCGGCAGUGACGAUCUCGGCGUCCCGUCGUGUUGUGGUGGUUUCACUUCUUCAAUACGACUCGUCUCCAUCAGAGAAGGCGAUGGGUGCUUUCUUUGUCGAGUUCGAGGCCAUUCGCGAUGCCCCGCGCAGGUCUCGUGAAUUCCGAUCUACUAGAAUCGUACCCCAAUGCACCGGAAGUGGUGGCGGCUCGAUUAUGUGUAGCGGUCGUCGUCGCUACUUCCUACCCGCUCAUGGUCGUGCCGUUUCGGGACUCGCUUCAUUCGAUACUCAUGCAUCAGACGCGAUCACCGUCAGUGAAGGCGUUCGCUUCCCAUCCACACUUCCGUGUCGUCGUGACGACGGGUUUCGUUCUCAUAUCUGCCGCGGUUUGCGUCGUUGUAAAGGAUCUGGGGAUAGUGCUGUCGAUCGUGGGUAGCACGGCCGGGACGACGGUGGCCUACGCCAUCCCGUCGUAUGCGUAUGUGCGCACGUUUUCUGGCGACCCCGACCGGAAGUGUUCCUUGAUGCUCGCGCGGUGCGUCUUCGCGUAUUCGGUGGUCGCGGUGCCGGCGUGCCUCUACGCGACGUUCCGGCCGUGACCCUUCGCUAGCGUGCUUCGCGAUCGACAAGACGUGGUCUCUACGCCGUCGCCGCCGUCGAAUGUAAUUAUAUUAUUGUGCAAGAAAUUAGGUUGCUAUGGGGAUAGGAAUAUUGAUGGGCCGC